AUGCAAAAAAAAGGUCCAAAAAAAGGACCAUCUACUAUGAAAAAAGAAGAAAUAAUAGAAUAUAAUCCUAUUAAAAUAAACGAUAUAAAACUCUCUAAUAUGGAUUUAUCAAUAAAUUAUCCUUCAGAUAGUAAGUGGAUUGCUUCUUAACUUUAAAUUAUUAAAGAUAGAAAUAUUUAUGAUUGUUAUACUAAUAAACCUAUAUGGACUAAAAUAUAUCCUUAAUAAUGUGGCCUUCCUGUAUAUAAUAAUAGUGGCAGAUAUUGGAUAGUUGAAGAAGAUAAAAAACGUAUAGAAUUAAUUACACAUUAACCAAUAUAAUAUAAUUUUUUUAGAAUAAAAACUGGUGUAUCUAAAGUACCUUUACUAAAUAUGUUUUCACCUUUUUCAUUUGAGGAAAUACAUACAGCGAAAACUUGCAUUAAAAAUAGAUUACAUAAACCUCCUAAUUACUAAGAUGGAGCUGAAAUUAGGGAUGAUGGCAAGUCCAUUAUGUCUACUAUUUAAAAAAAUAACGCUGAAGAAUCUUUAUAAAUGAAACCUUUAGAUGAUUUUUCCUCUCUAGCGAAUAUAAUAGAAUCAUUAAAUAGAGGAAUUGGUGGUAUUUGGAUAUCUGACAAUGAUAUUCUUAAGAAUUUCGAACAUAUACAAUUAUUUUAUAACCCUAAUAAAUAUCCACAUAAUAAAAUUAUAAACGUAGGCUAAUCAUCUGAAUAUGAGCUUACAAUAGGGGAAGAAUAUGAAGUGUUAAUAAUAGAUUAAAAUCUUAAUAAUAAUAAUGAAUAAAACGAUUUUAAUGAAGAAAAUGAAGAAAAUAAUGUUUUGUUUUCUUUUUCUUCUAAAGAAUGCAAAAAUUAGAAAAUUAUACCAUAACCAUAUUGUAUUUUAUAAAAAUUCGAUUUUUAGAAUUUUUAAGUUGUUCAUGAAUAUUAGCCCAUAAGAGGAAAUUAAAACUCGUAGUUGAUUUAGAUUGAAAAUAAAAAUUAGAUAUUUAAAAUUCUUUGUUAUACUCCAGUUUCUUAUACUUUAAAUAUUUCCUCUAGUAACCCGUUUAGAUUAUGCUCUAUGUUGUAGUUUUUGUAAGAAUUCGAAGGCUUUUAGGUCAAAAAUUUUACUAUAGAAUAUCCGGCUUUUGAGAAAAAUAAAGAAGAAGUUUUUAUUUUAAAAUUAAAAAGUUAAAAUGAUUAAUUAUUAAAAUAUAUGCACUUGAAAUUAAUAGAAAAUGAUUAAAAAAAUGAUAGCUAAAUGCUAAACACUAUAGAAGGUGUAGAUAAGAAUUUAUAUGAAAACACUUUGCAAAUUUCGAAUUAUAUGAGGAUAUAAAUAAAGGCAAAAACUAGCUAUUUUUUAAUUUUAGAAGGCGAACUUCCACAUAAUGUAUCAGAAGGUAAUGUUUAAGUAGAAUUUUAUACUAAAAAUAAUGAUAUUUAAUUCGAAAAUUAUGAACAUGUGGAACCUUUAGUUUAUUAAGAGAAAUAUUUUCCAACUAAAUAUGGAAUUUUAUUUAGAGAAAAAUUAUAUGUAUAGGAAGAUACUUUGGUUAGUUUAAGAUUAAAAAUAGGGGAAGUUUUAGGAAAUAAUAAUAAUAUAUAAUAAUAAAGUAUAGAUCCUAAAAAAAAAGGGAAAAUUAAUAAUAUAAAUGAAUAAACCGAAAUUUAAGAAAGAGAUUUAGUUGAAAAAAGAUUAAUAAAAAUGGAACUUUUCGAAAAUGGAAAGUCUAUAAUUUAUUCAAACGGAUAUAAUGUUACUCAUUUUUCAAAUGUUUUUUUGAAAUCAACUAAAAAUAAUGAAAAUGUUUAAUAUUUAAUAUAGGCUAUAUUUGAUCUUAGAGAUUGGCCUAAUGCUAAAUAUAUAAAUGAAGAUACAGAAAACAUUUUCUGGUUUUUAAGUGUUAUUAGUACUUCAACGGUAGCUUUUGUAAAAGAUACGGAUAAAGAAGAUAAAGAUAAGACAAUUAAAAAAUCUUGGGAAGAUAAAGAAUAAGGAAGAGCGGAGAAAGCUAAAAAGGCAAGGAAAAAAUAUGAAAUUUUAAUAAAGAAAUAAUAAAAUCCUAAUAUAGAAUUAACUGAAGAAGAAUAAUAAUUAAUAUAAGAAGUCAGAUUAUCUAAAAAAUAAAGAGAAGAAUAAUAAUAAUCAAUAGGAAAUAUAGGAAAAAAGUAAGUAAAAAAAGAAGAUAAAAAAAAUACUAAAGGAUAGAAAAAAGAAGAUAUAAUAGACGAUAAAAAAGAAAUUAAAUAAUUUCCUAAAAGUAAUGAUCAUUAAACACAAGAUAUAUGCGAAUUUUUACAACAUUUAGAAUAACCUAGAAUAAUUGAAAAAUUAGCAGAUCAUGGAGGUCUAAUAGAUAUAAGAUCAUCACAAAAUAAAUAAGAAAUUAAAGAAAAUGCUUUGUUAUCUUUAGAAGAAUUUACUGGAUUUAAUUAAAGAAAUGAAUUAUUAAAUAAUGAAUUAAAAUAAUUACAAAACGAAGAAUAUUAAAAAAUAAUGAGUUUAUAUUAGUAAGAUAGAACCAAUUUUAAGUAAAACUGGGUAUCUUUUUUGGAAUAAAGAGAUGAAUUUAAAACUAAAAAUUAAGUCAAAAAUUCAAAAGAAAAAGAACUUAUAGAGGUUUUAAAAUAGGAAAAACCGCAAGUUAAUGUUACUGAUUUUGAAAAAUUAUUAGUAGAUAUACAAGAGAUUAAUGAUUUUAAUGUUUAAUUAGUUAAUUUAGGUAAAUUAGUUCUUAAAAAUUUAAAAAUAUAAGUUUUAAGUAAUAAAAUCGAAGAGUGUUUGGGUAUUUUUAAUGUCGACUUAUUAAAAGAAUAUAUGUCAGAGUAUAAGAAUUAUUAAGUAUAAGGUAUUAAUUAAGAAAUAAUUCAAAAAGCUGAAGAAAUGUUAGAAGAAGCGAGAUAAAAUCCUAAUUUUGUAGUAGAAAAAUAAGCAGAAGCCAAAAAAGCAGGAAAAAAAGGAAAAAAUGAUUUUAUUUUAUUUUUAAUAAUAUUAUUAAUAUUAAUAAAAUAUAAAUAUUAAUAUUAAUAAAUACAUAUAUUAAUUUAUUAAUAAUUUAAAUUUAACUGA